AUGGGGAGACUUGCGUUACAACUAGGGACCGAUAGAUUGGUUUUCUAACCAUCUGCCUGUGAAAUUAAGACAUGUCCUUCUGUCUCUUCGAUCCUCGAGUAAACUUAACGUUUUUGGCACUGCUUCUGGUGUACCAAAUUUACUUCAUAAAAUCUCUGAGCGCUGAGACGGGAAGAUCAAGAUGGAAUACAACUCAAGAUGGGUCCCAAACUUGUGCAAAUGAUUUUCUCAAACCUAAGAUUUGCCCAACAAAGAAUGAAGACCGGGCCCAUGAUGCAUUUUUCCGCUUGGUGAGGCUCAAUGGCGUAAAAAUCGGCCACAUUCGGGAAAUGAAACUCGAGGAGAAUAAAUCACAUCGAGUUGUGACCCGCAGUUUUCAGCCAUUGUUAUUCGAGAUAAACGAAUUUCUGAGCCACAAGGAAUGCGAUCUGCUCAUUCAGUUAUCCCAACAAAGUCACCUUCAGGACAGCUUAACAAUCAAGGGAAAAGGAGAAGGAAUUGGUAAAGAGGAAUUCUUGAAGAAGCUGGCCUCAAAGAAUUUGACCCUCGAAAAAACUCUGUUCUGCUGGAAACUCCAACGACCUGUCUAUGACACUGAUCGGGACGGAAAAAUAACCCUACAAGAAUUUAUAAGAUUUGUGGAUCUAGAGAAAUAUGUUUAUCCGACAAAGGAAGAUGCAUUGCCGAUAUUUACUUUAUUUGAUUUCAACUCAGACGGAUUUGUUGAUGACAAGGAGUGCGCAGACGUCACAAAUGCUACCUACGUUGAGUUCCUUUUUCAUGUCGAGAAACUCAAAUCUGAUCCUCGGUAUUUCAUUCGCUUUAGUGAAUCUGCAGUGCUUUCUCAAGACACGCCCGUUGUGAGAUUGCUACAGAGAAGGAUCGCUAAGCUCACGGGCCUGUCAAGAACUUUAAUAGAAAAAAGUGAAGAAAUUCAGGUGGUACGUUACUCUGUGUUGGGCCAUUACAAUGCUCACUACGACACAACGCACGAUUCUGCCAGGAUAAAGGAAUGCUGCCGUGAAGGACAAGAUUUUCAAGAUUGCAACUUGUGCAGGUUCGUUACCAUUCUCCUUUACUUAAACAACGUGGCGAAAGGCGGCGAAACGGCAUUCCCCUUGGCGGAUGAUCCUGAACGUUUCUACUCGAGAAACUAUUCCGUAACCCUCAAUGAAAGAUGCCGCGAAGCUAACCUACUGAUCCAACCAAAGAAAGGCAAAGCGGUCAUGUGGUACAAUCAUCUCUUAGAGCAUGACGGGGAUGAUCACAUGGGUGUCUUUGAUUGGCUGUCUUUACAUGGUGGAUGUGACGUCAUU